AUGGAGUCCUCGGACGAGGAGACACUGAGCGAGCGCUCCUACGUUAGUGAGAGGAGCGAGCGGUCUUUGCGUAGCGAGCGCUCGGGGGGCUCCCUGUCCCCCUGCCCGUCCGGACUCCAAGGCCCCUCUGGGGACACCCUACCCUGGAACCGACCGUCCAGACACGAGAGAGGAGAAAGGAGAAAGAGGAAAACCCACAACUCUGUGCUGGACCCGGCCGAGAGGGCGGUGGUGCGUGUUGCAGAUGAGCGAGACCGGGUGCAGAAGAAGACGUUCAUGAAAUGGGUGAACAAACAUCUCAUCAAGGUGAGGAAGCACAUCACAGACCUGUACGAGGACCUGAGAGAUGGACACAACUUGAUCUCCCUCCUGGAGGUCCUCUCUGGAGUCACCCUGCCCAGGGAAAAGGGUCGCAUGCGAUUUCACCGGCUCCAGAAUGUCCAAAUUGCCCUGGACUUUCUCAAACAGAGACAGGUCAAACUGGUGAACAUCCGGAACGAUGACAUCACAGACGGCAACCCCAAGCUGACACUGGGCCUCAUCUGGACCAUCAUCCUGCACUUCCAGAUCUCAGAGAUUUAUGUGAGCGGUGAGUCUGGGGACCUGACUGCUAAGGAGAAGCUGUUGUUAUGGAGCCAGCAGGCCACAGAGGGCUGGCCUGGCCUCCGCUGUACCAACUUCUCCUCUUCCUGGAGCGACGGGCGCAUGUUCAACGCCCUGCUUCACCGAUUCAGGCCAGACCUGAUUGACAUGGAGGUGGUGGCGCAGCAGAGUAACCUUGACAACCUGGAGCAGGCCUUUGAGAUCGCCGAGUCACUAGGGGUGACCAGACUUCUGGACGCUGAAGAUGUGGACGUUCCGUCUCCAGAUGAGAAGUCGGUCAUCACAUACGUCUCCUCCAUCUAUGAUGCCUUCCCCAAGAUCCCAGAGGGAGGAGAGGGCAUCGCAGCACACGAGGUGGACCACCGCUGGGCAGAGUACCGCUCUCGUUUCUCCAUGCUGCUCCAGUGGAGCCGGCAGCACAAGGCCCUCAUGGCCAACAAGAACUUCCCACUGGACCCUGUGGAGCUCAAGGCACUUUACAAUGAGUACGUCCAUUUCAAGGAGACCGAGAUCCCUGCCAAGGAGCUGGAGAAGAGUCGCGUAGAACACCUCUACAAACUGCUGGAGGUAUGGAUGGAGUUUGGGCGCAUCAAGCUGCCCCUGGGCCUGCACCCCAACGACCUGGAGGAGGAGUGGGGCAAGCUGAUCCUGGAGAUGCUGGAGAGAGAGAAGGCCCUGAGGCCCGCUGUGGAGAGACUGGAGUUAUUGCUGCAGAUGGCCAAUAAAAUCCAGAACAUGGCCCUGGAUUGUGAGGAGAAACUCACCCUGGCCAAGAACACACUACAGGCCGACAUGUCCCUGGUGGAGAGUGGCGAGGCGGUGCGUUGUGAGAGGGAGCUGGGCUUGUACCUGCAGGACUGUGAGGUUCUGAUCAGACAGCUCAACCUGGACCUCAACAUCCUCCGAGACGAGAAGUACUACCAGGUGGAGCAGCUCGCCUUCAGAGCGUCCUGUCUCCACGAGGAGCUGGUCUCUCUCCGGCUCCAGUGCUCCAGCGUCUACAGGAAGGGCCACUUCUCCCCGGUGACUGGGGGAGACCGGACGGCCCCGCCGGGGAGCGACGGUGGUCUCUCCCUGUCCACGGGGGCCCAGACCCUGCUGGGCGCAGUGGGCGUGGUGGGGGCGAUGGGGGCGGCGUUGCUCAGGAGACACAUGUCCCGCUCUCAGCUGGUGGCCAUGUCGUCCUCGGAGGACGAAGGAAGUCUCCGGUUCAUCUAUGAGCUCCUGGGAUGGGUGGAGGAGACACAGGACGUGCUGGAGCGUGCCGAGUGGGGGGCGGACCUGCCCUCUGUAGAGCAGAACCUCCAGGACCACCAGAACGUCCACACUGCCGUGGAGGAGCUCCUGCACAGCCUGAAGGAGGCCCGCAACUACGAGACCAAAGUCUCUCCGAACUUCAGGAGCAGUUAUUCUGACACUCUGGCCAAGCUAGAGCAUCUAUACUGCAAACUACUGGAACUCUCGUCAUGGCGUCUGCGCUGCCUGGAGAGCCUGCAUGCGUUUGUGUGUCGCUGUACAGAGGAGCUGAUCUGGCUCAACGAGCGAGAAGAGGAGGAACUGGCCUUCGACUGGAGUCAAAACAAUACAAACGUCAAUGCCAAGAGAGAGCUAUACGCCGAAAUGAGGUCAGAGCUGGAGGAGAAACAGGAAGUGAUGCACUCGCUGCAGGAAACAGCUGACCGGCUCUGUCAGGAGAACCACCCGGCCAAACAGACAGUGGAGGCGUACAGUGCAGCGCUGCAGACCCAGUGGCAGUGGGUACGCCAGCUGUGUGUGUGCGUGGAGCAGCAUCUCAAAGACAAUACUACCUACUUCCAGUUUGUGAGUGACGCACGGGACUGCGAGACGUACCUCCGUCAGCUCCAGGACACCAUAAAGAGGCAGUACACCUGUGACAAGAGCAGCAGGCUGGGCAAGCUGGAGGACCUGCUGCAAGACUCUAUGGAGGAGAAGGAGCAGCUGAUUGAGUACCGCAGCUCGGUGGCCAGCCUGGUGGGCCGGGCCAAGACGGUGGUGCAGCUCCGCCCCCGCAGCGCAGAGAGCACCCUGGGAAGCACCACGCCCAUCCGCGCCAUUUGUGACUACCGGCAGAUAGAGAUCACCAUCAGCCGAGGUGAGGAGUGUGUGUUGGCGGACAACUCUCAGAGGACUAAAUGGAAGGUGAUCAGCCCCAGUGGAAACGAGGCUAUGGUGCCAUCAGUCUGUUUCACCGUACCACCGCCCAACCAGGAGGCCAUGGACACCGCCAGCAGGAUGGAGCAGCUGUACCAGAACGUGAUGUCUCUAUGGCACAAUCUACACGUCAGCAUGAAGAGUGUGGUCUCCUGGCACUACCUGCAGAAAGACAUCAGGACCGUGUCCUCUUGGAGCCUGGACACGGUACGUUCCCAGACCCCUGUGGCGAGGGAGCAGGCUCUGGACCACCUGGAGGCCCACCUGGCUGACUUCCUCUCUGACAGCAAAGAGAGCGGCCUCUUCACCCCGACCGAGAGACGCGAGCUGGAGAGAGACGCCCACACCGCCCAGGAACACUGCCAGGACCUGCUGGUCAACAUGGAGACGGUGGAGAAGGAUGAGUCUGUCUCUCGGUCCUACCUGUCAGAGCUCCAGAACAUUAAACUGCGUCUGGAGGAGGCGGAGCAAAGGCUGAUGCAUGGCAUUCAGACUCCUCCCCCUAGCAACCGAUUGGGUGACAGCAUCGACAACACUGUUCAAAUUGCAGAGCAGGAGAAGCUGCAGUCGGACCUGGAUGGUCUGAGGACCAGUCUUGGUGAGGUGUCGCGUCGCUGUGUGAGUUUCUUUGAGGAGAAGCCCACCUCCUCCAGUGUCCCCGUGCUGCGCUCUGAACUCAACCUGGCUGUGGAGAAGAUCGACAGACUGCACAACCUCUCCUCCGUCUACCUGCACAAGUUGAAGUCCGUAGAUGUGCUGAUGUACAGCUUGCAGGCCGCCGAGAGCCAGGUGAAGAGGUACGAGAGCAGGCUGAGUGAGGAGGACAUCGUCCCUGCAGACACCAACGCCAUCCAGGCCCUACGGGAACAAUUGGGGACGUGGCAGUCGGAGCUUGAGGACCAGGAAGGGGUGUUUAGCUCCCUGCAGUCGGAGGUACAGAAGGCCCGAGAGGUGGGGACUCAGCUGAACAGGCUCCACCCAGACCGCAGCUCGGAGCUGGAGCGCUACCAGGAGAAAGCCGCCCAGCUCACCGAGAGGUGGGCCGGAGUCAAGAGACAGAUAGACACACGGCGAGGGGAGCUGGAAGCCCUGGGCUCAGUCCUGCAGCAGUACAGAGAUGGUCACUCUGCUCUGAUCCACUGGAUAGAGGAGACCACUGAGAGACAGGAAAACACCCAGCCUGGAAAGACUGACAGCAAAGUCCUGUCUGAACAACUAGCACAACAAACGGCAUUAGUAGCCGACAUCGAGAAGAACCAGACCAAACUGGACGAGUGCCAAACGCACUCAAAACAGUAUUGCACCUCUGUGAAGGACUACGAGCUGCAGCUGAUGACAUUCAGAGCGUUUGUGGAGUCGACGCAGAAGUCGACCGGGAAGAGGAGGAGGAUGCACUCUUCAUCAGACGCCAUCACGCAGGAGUUCAUGGACUUGCGCACGCGCUACACAGCCCUGGUUACCUUGACGACGCAGCACGUCAAGUACAUCAGCGAUGCACUGAGGAGGCUAGAGGAAGAAGAGAAAGAGGUGGAGGAGGAGAGGCAGCAGAGGGUAGGCCAGGUGUCAGAGCUGCUGGGCUGGGUCAAGGGCCUCCAGGGCCGAGCAGGGGACCCCUCCGCCGAGUCAUCCAUCGCAGCACAGGAGGCCGUGAGUGAGCAGUUAGCGGCUAAGAAGGAGGAGGUGGCUAAGGUUAUCAGGAACACCCAAGUCUUCCUGAUGUCGAAACAGGCCAGCAAGUUGUCCCCAGAGGAACGUGCCCAGGUAACCUCCCAGCUGGACGAGCUGACUGCCACCUACAGCCAGCUGUGUGACAGUUCCACCGCCCAACUGCAACAGCUGGUGCAGCAGCAAGCCAAAGAGGAGCAGAGAAAGAGCCAAUCUGCCAUUGGCGGAGUUAUUGACCUGGGCACCAUGGAAACCGUCCCAGUCUUCCAAGCUGCACAGCGUGGCCUCAUAGACCUGGACACCUGCCAUGUCUUGUUGGAGGCCCAGCUCACCGUGGGCGGGUUGUUUCAGCCUGACUCCCCUGUGAGCCUAUCACUGGAAGAGGGCCUCAACUGUGGCCUGAUUGAUAGUCGCAUCAGCCAAUCCCUAUCAGAGCUGGAGAGUGCCUUGCAUCUUGUCGACCAGACAGAACAAUUGGAGGGCCAGCUCCUCCCAGUGGCUGCAGCCAUGGAGGCGGGCCUUAUCAAAGAGGAGGUGGGGCUGCGUAUCCUGGAGCUGCAGAUAAACACAGGAGGCCUGAGGGAUUUAGGAGAAGGUAGACUAACCUUGAAUAGUGCUGGAGAGAUGGGCCUGCUGACCCCAAGGGUCUACACCAAGCUCGGGUCACGGGUCAAUCGACGGGAGCUUAUUGACCCAAACACAGCCGAUAAACUGAAUCUGUCUGAACUGCAGCAGCGCUGCGUCCUCAGCGAUGACACCGGCUUGUAUCUGCUGCCAGUGAAACAGCAGCCAGGAGGAACAGUCUGUCUCCGAUCUGGCAGGAAGGUCGGGAUCUUCCGUGCCGUCCAAGAGGGACUGAUUGACAGGCAAGUAGCAGUGAGAUUACUGGAGGCCCAGCUGUUUGCUGGUGGCAUCUCUGACCCCCGUUCUGGGCAUCUUCUGACUGUGAACGAUGCUGUGCGUCACAAUCUGAUGGACCAGGAUCUGGCCUGUGCCAUGUUGACCCGCCAGCUGCAGAGUGGUGGGAUACUAGACCCUGUAACUGGGGAUCGCCUAGGGGUGGAGGAAGCCAUCCAGACGGACCUGCUCUCACCACAUUUGGCCCUUCUGGUGCUCGAGUCCCUCUGGGCUUUUAUAGGGAUGCUCUGGCCUGAGUCAGGGGAGCUGCUGCCCAUUGCAGAGGCUCUACAACAAGGGGUAAUCUCUGGAGAACUAGCUUGGAACAUCCUGAGACAACGCCAUGCGAUAGGCGCCCUCUACCUUCCGGAAACCCCCAAGGUUGUGUCCCUGAAUCAGGCUAAGGAGGUCCUUGAACCCAAAGUGGCUGAGAUUCUGAAGGAGAUUCAGAUCCCAGAUGUGCUACACAAUAUGAACCAGUCAGGUUCCCCAAAACUGAAUCGCCUACUCUGGGGCUCCACUGGCACAUCCUAUCCUCCGUCCUCUUCCCCAGGGCUCAACUGUGACCCCUCAUUCCUGGAGAAAAUGGCCCCUGAGGAGCAGGCACAUCACCGCCUGCUUUUCCAUGUAAUGACCCACAGCUAUGUGGAUGCCCAUUCUGGCCAGCGCUUAGUGCUGCUCGAGCCUGAGCUGGUGGAACUUGUCAAGGCUGCUGCUGGUCUGAUCAAUGUGGAUCCUAUACCUGGAGUGGUUGAGGAAGUGUUGAGUUUGACUACAGAAAGACAGGAGUGUAUGGAAGUGGCGCCAGAUGUAUGUUUGCCGGAUACUCCGCAGACAAGGGAAGUUGGAAAGGUCCAAGAAAAGAGUGCAAUAUUCAGCUUGCCUGAAAAAUAUACUUAUCCCAGAAAGAUGGUAGAAGAAGCUGAUAAUCAAGGAUGGGAUGGUACACCUGACACAUUGCAGGCUAAUCAAACUGGAAUAAAGGAGAUGGGACAGGUAGACCUUGACUCAACCAUGAGAAUAAGUGAGGAGGUAGAUGGAGGUGUACAUAGAGAAGUAAAAGGCGAAAAGGAUGAAAUGGUUAGUUUUGAAAGUGCCCCGCCCUCAGCUGGACUACUGGAAACGCAAAUGACAGACUCAUGUGAAGAUGGGCUGGUAGCGAUGGAAUCUGAGGGCGCAAGAGUGAGUGGUCACAGGAAGGCGAAGGAGGAGGACUCACUCGUGGAAGAUGUUGACAGUCCACUUGUGGAAACCUUAGAAAUGUACUCGACACCGGUAAAGCCCGAGACUUUGAUGCCAACCCAAUAUUUCAAAGAACCUGAUAUCUCCCCAUCAGAGGCAGAUGAAAAGGAGAGUGUGCCUGUGAGUGUUGAAGUUAAGUAUGCUGUGAAGGAUACUCAGAGGGUCACAGAGAAGACCCUACCCCAGGUUAUGGGAUUAGAGGCAGCAGUGGUAAAGACUGAGGAGGAUGUUGAGCUGGAAAGGUUGGCCUCGGAGCUUCAGCAAGGGGGUCUACUGACUGAAGGAGGGCAGCGGCUUCUCCCAGAUGAAGCCGUGGCUCAGGGGGUCCUCCCUGGACACACUGUAGUCAAGCUGAUGGCCAAGGCAGGACUUUUCGGAGGUUUCCUGGAUGUCAGCGCGUGCGAAUCCCUGAGCAUGGAGGAUGUGAUGCAGGAGGGUCUGCUUGACGAAGACCUGAUGUGGCGUGUGCUGAAAUCAGAGAAGACCCUGGCAGGGGUAGUGGAUGUCGAGAAGGGGAAGAUUUGUUCCCUGAAGGAUGCUGCUCAGGCAGGCCUGAUAGACUCCAACACAGCUGCUCGGCUCCUGGAGGCCCAGGUGGUCUCAGGGGGAGUGGUUGACCUGCGAAGAGACAAAAAAGUGUCUGUUACCCUGGCAGCCAACCUUGGGCUGAUAGAGGAGGACCAAAGAGAGAAGCUAUUUGCAUUGGAGAAGUCAUGCCGUGGAAAAGGCUCAGACCCAGAUGCAUCGCUCACCAAAGCAACAUUGCAGCUGCAAAUGAAUGGGGUUGUAGAUCCCAAAACUAAGUCACCUGUUCCCCUAAAGCAGGCCCUUGAAAGAGGUUUGCUUGGGCAGGAGGAAGUAUAUCAAGCCUUGUCCCAACAAGUGGCGGAGGGUGGCAUCGUGCACCACAACUCUGGAGUUAGACUGUCAAUUUCUGAUGCUUUGCAGCGAGGUCUGGUAGACUGUGCCAUAUCCCCAAAACUGUGGGAGUUAGAGCGGGCAUGUCAGGGGGAGGUAGCCCUCUCUUCAAACCCAGAUGCUGCCCUCCUCCAGGCAUCCACAGGUGCCAUUUUGGACCCCGAUUUAAAGUGUAGACUUACAUUGACAGAGGCUGUCUCUGAUGGUCUGCUAAAUGAGAGCAUUGCCAAGAAAGCAAUGGUUUCUCCAGGUGUAACACAAGGUUUGUUGGAUCCACAAAGUGCCCAAAUUGUGCCUUACUCAGACCUUGUAAACCAAGGCAAGAUUGACAUUAAGAGUGGAAAGCGCUUCUUGGAAGUGAAGCCUUUCAAGGGAAUCCAGGAUAAGCAAACAGGUGAAAUCCUGAACCUAGCUAAAGCAAUUGCAUCUCAACAAGUUGAUCCAGUCCCAGCACUCAGAAUGUUGCAAAGCCAGGCAGACACUGGAGGGAUUAUUGAUAUUUCCAAUGGAGCUAGGAUCCCUCUGCCUAAAGCCUCUAAGAAAGGGCUGGUGGGAGAACAUAUGGCCAGGCUCAUUGCCACCAACCAGGUUCUGAAAGGGGGCUUGCUUGACCCUUCCACUGGGCAGAGAGUCUCAAGCCUGAAGAAAGCUGUCAAAGAUGGACUUAUAUCCAGAGAAAUGGCUGCAGAGCUCCAGGCCAACUUGGGCUCCACGGAAGUAGAACGUGACGAUGAGGAUAGUUCAACACCCGUUGCCUCUUCAAGUGGGACCUAUAGUCCUGCAGACACAUUAUCAAUAUCCAGUCCAGACAGCCAAGCCAGACAGCCAAACCGAACCAAACCAAUAAUUAUCGAAACCUCUGAAGUGAUUUCUCCAACCCCGCAUCCAGAAGAGUCGGAAAAAAGUUACAACCUUCUGAUGACCGCGGAGGACAUUGCGAAGACUCUAGAAGCUGCAACAUUCACACAGUCAGGAGCUAUGCAACACCAUGGCUCUGUUCACAUUGAAGACGAGAUGGAACAGGGCUCAAUAGCCGGGAAGUCAUCGGAAAUUGAGUCAAACCAGUCAAUCAAUUUGUUGGCUCAGUUUACAAACAAUGCAGAGAAAAGGCUUCAGGAGGCCCUUCGGGAGAUGGAGACGCCGCAAGAUGUUACUGUUGGAACACCAGAAAAAGACAACAAAAAUGUGUCUAGAUCAGUGGGUGAAAGAAGUUCAAUCAUGUUGCAGGGGCAGUCUGCUUUGGGCAAAGAACCACGGAUGGAUUCCACAGUGGCCAUUGGCAGAGAAGGUAGAGAUCAAGAGGGCGGCAUAGCCAUGUCUACCCUAGUUGAGAGAGAUGAAGGGAAGACACAUGUGGUAGAAGACAGUACUGAGAGAGUGGUGGAGCAAGGUAGAAUGGAGGUUGAGCAGGAUACAAAGAUUGAGGCCAGAGAGUGUGAUGAUCUUGGACAUGCAUCAGCCAAUUCUAAGGAGGCCGAAGGUAAGAGCAAAAAGAAGAGGAAGAAUAAGAAGAAAGGAAAAGGAAAGGAGGUCGAUACUGAGCAAAGACCCUCAGAAAAAGCUGAUUUACAGAAAACAGAAAACAAAGACCAGAAUGCACAUUCAGAGGGUAAAGGUCAUAAUUGUAAGGAUACGGGUGCUGAGUCCACUGGAGGUUAUGUUACCCUACAGGAGAAAGAGGAGUCACCUGUGCAAGAUGUUCAAUCUGCACUCAAAGGUGCUAAGGUACAGACUGUUGAGAGGUUUGGCGAUCCAAAGGGUAUUGGCAAAGUAAGGGAAGGUUCUACAGUUCCACCAGGAGCCAUAGAAGAUGCUCCCGAGGUAGAGAGAGAGGGUACGGAGAACAAGGUCUUCUUGGUUCAAAGACUGGUAGAGAAGAACAAAACAUCCAAGAUGUCUAAAGCAUCAGAGAAGGUUGAACCUGUGACAGAAGAGAUACCAUCCAUCCGCGAUCAAGCCGAUUCUGAAGUGGCACUAACGAAGGCUGUUCUCGAAAGCUUAGACAAAAAGUCUAAGAUACCCAUAGGUGCAGAAAAGGUUGAACCAGCGACAGAGGAGAGCUCAUCCGUCCACAAGGAUGAGCAAAAGUGGGAGGUGGAGCAGAUUGUGGUAAAGAGUGAUCCAGAUGGGGUGGAGACAGUUUCUCAACAGACUGGACAGCAGGAGCAUAAGGAUAGGAAAGAGGUGGAAUUCACUCUGAAAACCACCCCAUUAGCCAAUGAUAAAGAGGCCCUUUUACUGAAGGCAAAAGAGAGUAUUCUGAGGAAGGUGUUGGGGCGUGGUGUUAGUGAGAAGCAAGCUGCAGAUGAGCUAGUGGCACUGCGUCAGGUAGUGGGGAAGAGAGAGAGUUUGGUGAUGUCCGAAGAGGAAGUUAAGACUGUGGGGAGUCCUCCUGAAGUUUCACCAGAAGAGAGGGAGGGCAAGGAAAUUGACAAGGGAGAAGGAGAAAGAGAGAAAGUUGCACCUGACCAUUCUACAGUAACUGUAGCAGCAGAGGAAGUGAAGAAUGCUUUAGAAGUAGAGAAAGAGGAGAACGUUGCGCCUGACCAUUCUACAGUAACUGUAGCAGCAGAGGAAGUGAAGGCUUUAGAAGUAGAGAAAGAGGAGAACGUUGCGCCUGACCAUUCUACAGUAACUGUAGCAGCAGAGGAAGUGAAGAAGGCUUUAGAAGUAGAGAAAGAGGAGAAGGUUGCGCCUGACCAUUCUACAGUAACUGUAGCAGCAGAGGAAGUGAAGAAGGCUUUAGAAGUAGAGAAAGAGGAGAACGUUCGAUCAGACCAGUCUAAAAGGGAAGAGGGAGGGGAGAAGGUUGUGUUAGACCAGAUUGAAGAAGGAAAGGAGGAGGAUACAUCUCUAACAGACCAGCUUAAAGAGACCAAGUCGGGAAAGAAAAAUAAAAAGAACAAAAAGUCUAAGAUGGUAGAAAAAGUUGAACCUGCGACAGAGGAGAAGCCAUCACUCCACAUUAGAGCAGAUUUGACACCGGCUGAUAUUGACAGCUCAGUCUCUGGGGAUGAGCGGAAGACUGAGAAGCAGCAAGACUGUCAAUCAGACAGUGAUGUAACAAGGGUGGCAAGUGGUGACGAGAUGAACAAAACGGCUGCCUUUACUAAGAGUCCUAGUGGAGUUGACACCGAUCAACAAAGAUCGACCCACACCACUGCACCAUACCAAGUCCAUGUACAUCUGGAGGAGAAAACUGAGGACAUUUCUUUGGGGAGAGAAACUGAUCCGCGUGGCAAAGAAAUUGAACAAUUUAGGAUUGGUACACCUGAGAAAGAUGUCCACCCAGACGGCCAUCGUGUUAUUGACAUUGUGGAUGCCUCUCCUGAAGCCCUUGUAUCCAUGUCGGGCGCCCAUCUGGUCAAGGCCUCUGUGGCACCUGCGACCCAGCCAGCUAAAACCGCUGGCAAAAUGAAGAAGAAGAAGAAGAAACAACAGAAGGAGCAGAAACUCGACAGUCCCACCGAAACAGAAUCUAAAGAGGAAAAGUACCUUGAGUCCUCAGAAUCAGGACGGUCCUGGUCUGUUGAGACCCCACAGUCUGAGAUUGUUGAAUCUGAUACAACAGAAGUACCUGAUUCUGAUACAACUGACAGCUGGAAGGAGGAUGGAGAAAUCCAAGCAUUGGAGAUAACGAAAGAGAAAAGCCCAGCUAAAAAGGGAAAGUCCUCGUUGCUCCGCCAGGAAUGCCUGGAACGUGACCAGCAAAUUGUGGCUCUGCUCUCUAUGGUGAGACACAUCGAGGUUCGCGUCAAGCAGCAGCAGCAACAGUCUAUUGGUCGCAGCCUCAUUGCUCUUGAUGACAUCAUCAAACAAACAGAUACCUUGGAUCUAGAACUUCGGGAUUUAGAAACCCAGGUCAACAAGGCAGUGGAUGCUGCUGGGCAGCUGCUGGAGCCCCGCCCACAGGAAGUCCCACCUCAGCUACUAUUGGCCUUGGAGAAGGAUGGCCGAAGCUUAGCUCGAGGUUACAAGGCUGCCAGAGGGGUCUCUGAAAACAUCCUGCAGGGGCUGCACGCACACAGAGACGCAUAUACGGAGGCAUUGACUGGAGAACAGAAGUCACUUGGAGGGCGAGUCGAGGAUAUUCUUUCCUGGCUGAAGGAGACUGAGGCACAAAUGACAGGAAUGGAUGGACAAACCCAGGGCGAGACUCCUGCUCAGCUCACACAACGGCUCCAGCUGUGCAAGGAGUUGCAGUCGUCUCUCUCGGCCCGCUCCAAUGACGUCAACACGGUGGCCUUUGACAUCCAGGUGUUCAUCUCGGAGCGGGCUCAGGACCUGGCCCCCGAACAGAGCAGGCACCUCCUGGGGCAGCUACAACAGCUCCAGAGGGGCUUCCACCAAGCGGCUGGCCAAGCCCACGCCAAGGCCGACGCCCUCGCCGCCCAGAGAGAGAUGGAGGAGGAGAGGCAGCGCAGGCGCAAAGAAAAAGAAGAAGAGGAGAAGGAGAGAGAAAGGGCGAGAGAGAGUGCAAGGGAGAGAGAGGUGGUGCAGCAGCAGAAGGCAGAAUGCUCACAGAAAUUGGAAGGCCUUACGAUGUGGUUGGCUGGAGCGGCCAGCAUGCUGGCCAAUCAAAGAGCGGGAGCCGAGUCAGGUGACGUGAAUGUGCUGCAGCAGAAACAGAGGGAGUUAAAGGAAGUACAGAAGGACUUGCUGACCAGAGGCGAGGGCGUGGCGGAGACCAUCCGCUCGGUGGAGGAGUUCCUGGCGGAGCACGGUGACAGCCUGAGUCCAGAGGAGAGGGCCAACCUCCAGGGGGCACUGUCCCGUAUGAAGGAGCAGUACAGUGCACUGACCGACACGGCCCAGUCCUCCCUGGUCCAGCUGGACACGGCCAUCAGCACCACCGUCCAACAGAACACACAGAGGGCGAAGGCAGUCGAGGAGCUGCAGGAGACUCGGGGCCAGAUCGACUCCCUGCUAGAGGAGCUCUCCUCACUCAACCAGCCUGGGAUGACCGUUACUGACCACCUCUCCUCGUCCUCCUCCACAUCGCCAGAGGGAGGUCUCCAAUCACACAGCGACAUGCUCCAGGCGGAGCUCCAGCAGCUCCAGGCACAGCAGGCCCAACUGAUGCAGGUGUCUCAGAACGCUCGCUCCCUCCUGGACCAGCCCGACUCGGCCGUGCCAGCCGAGGAGAAACGCCGUCUGCGGGACCAGCUUGACCAGCUCCAGACCCAACACCAGGAGAAGCUGCGGGCCUGCCAGGAGAGGUUGAGGCGCUCGGAGGCCCUUAAGGACGAACUGGCCAAGUUCCUCCAGGAGCACGGAGGCCUUGGGACCUGGCUGGAACAGAGUGAGGGGGAGCUGGGUUCCCUGGGGGAAGGAGAGACUGACGCACAGGGCCUGAAGGGGAGACUGGAAGAGCACAGGAAGCUGGCGGAGGAUGUGAUCUGCCACAAGGCAGACCUGCGCUUUGUGUCCAUCUCUGGUCAGAAGGUGCUGGACUCUGUCCAGGGGGCUCUGGAGAAGCUAGGAGGGUCUGACCCAGCCCUGGAGGAGACCAAGCAGCUGGUCACGGGCAAGCUACAGGACGCCAACCACCGCUACACCGCGCUGCACACCAAGUCGUCAGAUCUGGGCGGGCGUCUGUCGGGUCUGUUGGAGCGCUGCCAGCAGUACCAGGACGAGGCUGUGUCGCUCCACACCUGGCUCAGCGCCCAGGAACAGAACCAGAGUAUAGCCGGACCCAGCGGCGAGACGGACACACAGACACUACAGAACACACUGCGGGCCGUACAGCUGUUGCAGGAUGAGCUGGCGGAGCGGUCAGUCCAGUUGGAGAAGGUGAGGAGGUCAGGCAGAGAGCUGGCCGACGCACGGGAGUCCCCCACUCUCAGAGCUGCUGAGAUCACCAGCACUGCAGAUGGUCUGGAGAAGAGGUUCAGCUCUCUGUCUCAGUCCGUGUCGGAGCGGGCUGAGCAGCUCCAGACGUCCGUAGCCCAGUCGGUCAGUGUCCAGGAGGGGCUGAAGGGUCUGCUAGCCUGGCUGGACGGCCUGCUGCUGACCCCCGGGCCCGUCCAACCUACUGCCCAGGCUGUCCAGGACGCCCUCACACAGAAUCAGAAACUACGCCAGGAGCUGUUAUCCAGACAGGGAAGUGUGGAGGCCACCUGCGACUCUGUCUCCAAACUGCUGCAGAGCUCUGACGCCUCCACGGCCUCCGGGCUCCAGGCGUCACUAGAGAGCCUGACCCAGAGCUACGCCGCGGCACAGGCCAAGCAGGCCGAGAGGGAGGCUGAGCUCUGGGGGCUCCUGCCCAAGCUGGAGAACUAUGAGAGACUGAGUGCAGACCUGCAGGGUUUCACUCAGACCUGCCUGAGAGCUCUGAGCCCUGUGGGACAGCCUGACCGCAGUGUGGAGGACUACAGACAGACCAUAGAGGGGGUGAGAGCGGAGCAGGAGCAGGAGGCAGGUCACCUGAAGUCCUUCUGCCAGCUGGGGACAGACCUGAGCCAAGCCAAGGCCCUGACCAGCACACAGACCCUACUGGACAAUGUCAAAGAGGUGUCCGAUGAGUUCGCCCGACUGGAAUCCAACAUCAAUGAAAGGUACAAUGCCAUCCAGAGUUGUGAGCAGCAGUUGGGCCAGUUCCGGUCUCUCUCUAGCUCCCUCCUCAGGUGGCUCCAGACAACACAGGAGCAGCUGCCUCUCAAAGAGCCCAACGUCAACACGGAGGCCCUGCAGAGGAGAGUGCAGCAGCUCAAGGACUUACUGAGUGACUGGGAGGCCCAAGGGGUUCGGGUUCUGGAGCUGAACAAGACUGGAUCAGAACUGGAGACCCUUAUCAUAAACAUCACAGCCCCCCAGACCAAGACAGGUGUUCCCCAGGUCAAUGGUGCAGGAAGCCCCAGCAGUGUCAAUGGCAUUCACACAUGCAAAGACCUGACAGAGCUGCAGGUUGCGGUGGCGGAAGUGAACAGUCGUUACGAGGAGCUGGGAGAGGAACUGAAGGACCGACAGUCGCGCCAGGAGGCCUCUCUGGAGCUGAGGCAGAAGGCCAGGGAGAGCACCGAGGAGCUCAGCCGCUGGCUGGGAGACCGGGAGAACAGCCUGCACCUGGGCCAGACUGCCGCCUCCCCCUCCAAACCGGAGGUGGUACGCGCCCAGGCCCAGGAGAACAAGGCCUUACUGUCGGAGCUGGCAGAGCAUUCUGGGAAGGUGAAGGAGCUGAAGAGCACCCUGGAGAAGCUGAUAGCAGACAACCCAGACUCCCCAGAGGCAGACACCUGGAGAGAACAAAUGAAGGAGAUCGACUCCCGCUGGGCAAAGGCCAAUGAGGCGGCGGUACAGAGGCAGGUGGAACUGGAGACCUGUGCUGAUAGGCUGGGCAGCUUUGCCACAGCAGCCAGUCAGUUGGGGCCGUGGCUCAAAGAGAAGGAGCUGAUGAUGAGUGUGCUGGGACCCCUGAGCAUCGACCCUAACAUGUUGAACACCCAGAAUCAACAAGUGCAGUUCAUGCUGCGUGAGUUUGACACCCGCCGGCCCCAGUUCGACCAACUCACCCAGGCGGCUGAGGGCAUCCUUUCACCGUCUGGUGGCGACUCCUCCCCGCAGGAUGCCAAGGACCUAGCGGAGGUCCGGUCCGAGCUGGGCUCCAUCUCGCAGCAGUGGGACGACCUCACUCAACGUCUGUCCCGGCGCUCCGGGCACAUCGGCCAGGCCCAGGGCACCAGCGAGCGAUACCAGGCCCUGCUGAAGAACCUCUCGGUCAACGUGGGGGCGCUAGGGGAGCGGCUGGACGGCCAAGCCUCGCUCAGUGCUCAGCCCGAGGCCCUGAAACGACGUCUGCAGGAGACAGGCGAGAUCCGAUCUGAGCUGGAGCAGAGGAGAGAGGAGCUGGGCGAGGCAGAGAAGCUGUGCGGCGAGCUGAGUGCCAUUGUGGUUGAACCUUACCUGAGAGAUGAGCUGAAGAAGAGGCUGGAGAGCGUGAGUGGCCCGCUGAGGAGUCUGGAGGAGAGGGCUGCGGACGGUCUAUCCCAGCUCCAAGCCGCUCUCUCCAGCACCCAGCAGUUCCAGCAGAUGUUCGAGGAGCUGCGGAGCUGGCUGGACAACCAGAGUGGUCAAAGAGACUCUACCGCCGACUCCCUCCCCUGCCAGCCCGAGGCUAUCCGGACCCUGCUUGCCCAGCAAGACGAGCUUCAUCGCGGGGUGGCCAGCCAACGUGGCCCCUACGAGCUCAUCCAGGCCGAGGGGGCCUCCCUGCUUGCCUCGCUACCUGCCGGCGGUGAAGAACAAUCAGCCUUACUGUCCCGGCUUACCGCCUUACGCCAGGACUGGGAUGAGCUCAACCAGUGCAUCACGGAACGCCAGAACCGGCUGAAAUCCGCCCUGACCAAGGCCGAGAGUUAUCAGCAGCACUGCGCCGAACUCACACCCUGGGUGGUGGAGUGCGAGGAGCGGGAGGCUGACAUCCAGCUCUCACUAGACCCUGCGGCCCUGGAUGAGGCUUUGCAGAAGGCCAGACAGCUGGGGUUGGAUCUAGAGCGCCGACGCCCCCUCCUGGAGGCUUUAAACAUUGCGGCCGACCAACUCCUGGAACACUGCCGCGUUGGAGAGGAAGACGUACGCGACGAAAAAGCCCAACUAAACCGUAGAGUCGACGGACUGGCAGAAAACCUCCAAAACCGUGCUUCCCAACUGGAAGAGCUAGCGGGUCGACUUAAAGAGUUUGAGGACGGGCGGCAGGCGGUAGAGAGGAGGCUGGAGGCAGCGCGGCAUCAGAUCGAGGUGCAGGAGGCGCUGGGCCCACAGGCGUGCAGCAACAAGAGCCUGGAGCGGCUGAGGAGCCAGCAGGAGACGCUGCAGUCGCUGCAGCCACAGGUGGCCUACCUGAGGGAUCUGGCCCAGGGGCUGGUGCAGGACGCACCCCACACAGCAGGGGGCGGCGGAGGAGGAGAGGGAGGACAGAGUCUGGAGCAGCAGGCCCGAGACACGGACAGAGAGUUUGGAGACGUCAGCGAAAAGAUUGAAAAGUGCUGUUCCACCCUGGAGUCCCGUCUCCAGGGCGUGGGCGAGGUCCAGUCCUCGGUGCGCGACCUCUUCUCCCACCUGGCUGACCUGGACGACGAGCUAGACUCGCUGAGCCCCGUGGGGCGCGACGCCGACUCGCUUGCCUCGCAGGCAGAUGCUGUCCACGCCUUCUUAGCUCGCCUGGCCACGUUGAGGUCGGAGCUCGAAGGUCACGGAGGCGACUGCACCGACAUGCUCCGGCGCGAGGGGUCAUCUCCCGAUCUCCUCGCCCUGAGGAGAGAGACUGAGGCCCUGAGCCGCCAGGCUGGGAAGCUGUCCGAAAGGGGCCAGGCCAGAAUGGGACAGAUCGAGGUGGCUGCCGAGAAGGUGGCAGAGUUCUACGCGAAGGUGGCGGAGCUGCAAGGGCUGCUGGGACGGGCCGAGGAGGGGCUGAACGCGCAGGGCGUGGUGGGGACAGAGGUAGAGACCAUCAAGCAGCAGCUGCAUGAGUUCAAGGCGGUGGAGAGGGAGCAGGUGGACAGUAUUCAACCCAAGCUGCAGCGCGUGAACGCGGUGGGCCAGGGCCUGAUCCAGAGUGCAGCCAAACACACAGACACCCAGGCUCUGGAGCAUGACCUAGAGACCACCAACCUCCGAUGGAACUCCCUCAACAAGAGGGUUGCAGAGCGCAUUGCCCAGUUGCAGGAAGCCCUGUUGCAUUGUGGGAAGUUCCAGGAUGCCCUGGAGCCUCUUCUGAGCUGGCUGAGUGACACAGAGGAGCUGGUAGCCAAUCAGAAGCCCCCGUCGGCCGAAUACAGAGUGGUCAAGGCCCAGAUCCAGGAACAGAAGCUGUUACAAAGACUACUGGACGACCGCAGAGCCACCUUUCAGAUGAUCCAGGGAGAGGGGGAGAGGAUCGCAGCCUCGGCCGAGACACAGGACCGAGACAAGAUCCAGAAGCAGCUGGAGAGUCUGGGGGAGAGAUGGGGCGAGCUGCUGGAGAAGGCCAGGGCGAGGCAGUGCCAGUUGGAGGAGCUGCAGACGCUGGCACUCCAGUUCCACGAGGCGGUGGAGCCUCUCGGAGAGUGGCUGAGUGCCACCGAGAGACGCCUGAGCACCGCCGAGCCCAUGGGAACCCAGACUUCCAAGAUCACCCAGCAGAUUACGAAACACAAGGCCGUCCAAGAGGCCGUCUCCUCUAGAGGAGCCGAGGUCGACCGCCUCCAGGCCCUCGGCCAAUCCUUGGCGCCCCUCAGCUGCGCGGCCGACCGCGAUUGGCUGGGGGAGCGCGUGGGGGCGGUGCGGCUAGGCCACUCGGAGCUCAGUGAUUGGUGCCAACGCAGGGCCGUCAUGCUGGAGCAGGCCCUGGCCAAUGCCCAGCUGUUUGGGGAGGAUGAGGUGGAGGUGCUCAACUGGCUGGCUGAGGUGGGCCAGCGGCUGGGACAGGUGUCGGUGCAGAGCUACCAGCCGGGGGUCCUUACCCAGCAGCACAAGCACACACUGUCUCUGAAUGAAGAGAUAGUGAGCAGGAAGAAGCAGGUUGACCAGGCCAUCAAGAACGGACAGGCCCUGCUCAAGCAAACCACAGGUGAGGAGGUUCUGCUGAUCCAGGAGAAGCUGGACGGUAUCAAGUCUCGCUAUGCCGAGAUGACGGGCGGGAGCAGCAGAGCCCUUCGCACACUGGAGCAGGCCCUGCAGCUGAGCACGCGAUUCGCCAGCGCCCACGACGACCUCAACCACUGGCUGGACAAGGUGGAGGCGGAGCUCAACGUCAUGGAGCCCGACGCCACGCCGGCCUAUCAGGACCGACAGAAGGAGCUGAAGUGUGUGUCAGCGGAGAAACGUCUGGUUUUGGACACGGUCAACGAGGUGGGCAAUGCCCUCUUAGACCUGGUGCCCUGGCGUGCCCGCGAGGGUCUGGACCGCCUAGUGGCGGACGCCAACCAGCGCUACCGAACGGCGGCCGAGACCAUCACCCAGCGGGUAAAGCUGGUACAGGCUGCCAUCCAGAGGUCACAACAGUAUGAGGAGGCGGUGGACGCGGAGCUGACCUGGGCUGGGGAGACGGAGAGGAAGCUAUCCUCCCUGGGUCCUCUGAGUCUGGAGCCUGACGUCACCGUGGCCCAGCUACAGGUCCAGAGGGCCUUCAAUAUCGACAUCAUCCGACACAAAGACACCGUGGACCAGCUACUCCACACCAGGGACGACAUCCUGGAGACGUGCAGCGACCAGCAGAGAGACGCUCUGGUGGAGAAGACUGACUCCCUGUCUGCCCGCUACGAGGCUGUGAGCCAGCAGCACCAGGAGCGAUUCUCAGCCCUGGAGCAGGCCCAGGUCCUGGUGGCCCGUUUCUGGGAGACCCAGGAGGACCUGGAGCCCUGGCUGGGGGAGACGGAGACACUUAUCGCCCAGCUGCCGCCACCCGCCAUCGACACCGAGGCCCUGCGUCUACAACAGGAACAGAUGAGGCUCCUGAGGGAGUCCAUAGCGGAGCACAAGCCCCACAUCGACAAGCUGCUGAAGAUCGGCCCCCAGCUGGCCGCCCUGAGUCACCAGGAGGGGGCCACGGUGAAGCAGCGCUACAGCGACGCCGAGAAACGCUACGUGGCCAUCAAGGAGGUCGUCAAGGGUCGAGCCACCACCCUGGAUGAGGCUGUGUCUCAGUCUGCGCAGCUGGUAGAGUUCCACGACAAGAUGGAUCCCCUGCUGGAGACCCUGGAAGGGGCCGUGCAGCGCCUCCGAUCCCCUCCUCCCGUGGCAGCGGAGGCUGAUAAGAUCCGGGAGCAGCUGGCCGACCACAAGGCAACAGGGCUGGAGCUGGACAAACUGCUGCCCUCCUUCUCGGCCCUGUGUGCCCGCGGCGAGGAGCUCAUCAGUAGAGCAGCCCGCGACGACCCUGCCGCUCAGGCCGUGCGUUCCCGUCUGCUGCGCCUUCGCUCCCUGUGGGAUGAGAUCCGGCAGAGGGCUGAGGAACGGGAGGGGAAGCUGACGGACGUCUUGGACCUGGCUGGGAAGUUCUGGGCCGACAUGGCGGCGCUAUUGAGCACGCUCCGUGACUCGCAGGACAUCGUCAGGGAGCUGGAGGAUCCCGGGGUGGACCCCUCGCUCAUCAAACAGCAGAUAGAGGCUGCAGAGGCCAUCAAGGCCGAGACAGACGGGCUGAGGGAGGAGCUGGAGUUUGUACGAACCCUUGGGGCUGACCUCAUCUUCGCCUGCGGAGAAACAGAGAAGCCUGAGGUCAAGAAGACCAUCGACGAGAUGAAUGCCGCCUGGGAAGGCCUGAACCGGACGUGGCGAGAGAGGAUGGAGAGGUUGGAGGAGGCCAUGACGGCUUCUGUGCAGUACCAGGAUGCAUUGCAGAGCAUGUUUGACUACCUGGACAACGCAGUGAUCAAGCUGUGUGACAUGUCCACUGUGGGCACUGAUCUGGGAACUGUCAAACAGCAGAUCGAAGAGCUCAAGCACUACAAGGUGGAGGUGUACCAGCAGCAGAUAGACAUGGAGAAGCUGUGCCACCAGGGGGAGCUGUUGCUCAAGAAGGUCUCGGACCAGACGGACAGAGACAUGAUCCAGGAGCCCCUGACGGAGCUCCGACACCUCUGGGACAACCUGGGGGACAAGAUCACUCACAGACAGCAUAAGUUGGAGGGUGCGCUCCUGGCACUCGGUCAGUUCCAGCAUGCCUUGUCUGAGCUGCAGUCCUGGCUGAGUCACACCCACGCCACCCUGGACACACAGAGACCCGUCAACUCUGACCCCAAGGCCAUCGAGAUAGAACUGGCAAAGCACCACGUGCUGAGGAACGACGUGCUGUCCCAUCGGUCCACGGUGGAAACGGUGAACGCGGCGGGGGCCGAGCUGCUGGAGUCCAGUCCCGGGGACGAGGCCAACCACCUCCGCGGCCAGCUGGACCACCUCAACCGCGGCUGGGAGAACCUGCUACUCAAGACCCAGGACCGACAGAAACUACUGGAGGCCGCACUGCACCAGGCGGAGGGUUUCCAUGGUGAGCUGGAGGAGUUCCUGCAGUGGCUGAGGAGGACAGAGAGCCAGCUGUCUGCAGCCAAACCCACAGGUGGCCUGCCUGAGACGGCCCGGGAGCAGCUGCAGCAGCACCUGGAGCUCCAGACGCAGUUGGCCCAGCGCGCUGAGCAGUACAACCGGCUGCUGGACGCGGGAGAGUCCAUGUUGCUUUCCCGCGGGGGGGAGGAGGGUGGCCCCGGAGCUGGUACGACCCAGACUCAACAGAACUUGGCCCUGCUGCAGAACAAGUGGGCCAGCCUGAACACCAAGAUGGACGACCGCACGGCGAAGCUGGACGAGGCGGUGUCGCUGGCCACAGGGUUCCAGUCCUCCCUCCAGGACACCAUCAACUGGCUGACCCAGGCAGAGCAGACCCUCAACAUGGCCAGCCCCCCCUCCCUCAUCCUGGACACUGUCCUCUUUCAGAUAGAGGAACACAAGGUGUUUGUGAAUGAGGUGAACACCCACAGGGAGCAGGUGCUGGCCCUGGAGAAGGCCGGGUCUCAGCUGCGUUUCGCCAGUAUAAAGCAGGAUGUGGUUCUGAUCAAGAACCUGCUGCUGAGUGUACAGGCCCGCUGGGACAAGCUGGUGCAGAGGUCCCUGGACCGUGGCAGACACCUCGACGAGGCCCGCAAGAGGGCCAAGCAGUUCCAUGAGGCGUGGAGGAAACUGUCUGACUGGCUGGAGGAGGCUGAGAGCCGGCUCGACUCAGAGCUGGAGAUCUCCAACGAACCAGACAAGAUCAGAGUACAACUGACCAAACACAAGGAGUUUCAGAAGGCUCUGGGCUCCAAGCAGCCGGUGUAUGACACCACAGUGAGGUCUGGUAAGGCCAUGAGGGACAAGGCCACGCUGCCCGAAGACACCCAGAAACUAGACCACCUACUGGGGGAGGUCAGGGACAAGUGGGACACCGUUUGUGGGAAGAGUGUGGAGAGGCAACACAAGCUGGAGGAGGCCCUGCUGUUCUCAGGUCAGUUUGCUGAGGCCCUGCAGGCCCUGGUGGACUGGCUGUACCGUGUAGAACCCCAGUUGGCUGAAGACCUGCCAGUCCAUGGAGACCUGGACCUGGUCUCCAACCUCAUGGACUCACACAAGGCCUUCCAGAAGGAGUUGGGGAAGAGGACCACUAGUGUCCACGCCCUGAAGCGCUCAGCCAGAGAACUGAUGGAGACGGGCCGCGACGACACCGCCUGGGUCAAAGUUCAACUGCAAGAGCUCAGCAACCGCUGGGACACAGUCUGUGCCCUGUCCGUCACCAAGCAGACCCGUCUCCAGCAGGCCCUCAAACAGGCGGAGGAGUUCCGCACGGCGGUGCGGCUGCUGCUGGAGUGGCUGUCGGAGGCGGAGCAGACGCUGCGUUUCCGUGGCGUGCUGCCCGAGGAGGCGGAGACUCUGCAGGCGCUGCUCCACACCCACCGGAACUUCAUGGCCACGGUCGAGGAGAAGAGGACAGACGUGAACCGGGCAGCGGGCCAGGGCGAGGCCAUCCUCACCGCGUGCCAGGCCGACUGCAUCACCACCAUCAAACACUGGAUAACCAUUAUCCGCGCCCGCUUCGAAGAGGUCCUCACAUGGGCCAAACAGCACGAGCAGCGUCUGGAGACGGCUCUGACAGAGCUACUCAACAACGCCACGCUGUUGGAGGAGCUGUUGUCAUGGCUGCAGUGGGCAGAGACCACCCUAGUCCAGCGUGACGGAGAGACCCUUCCACAGGACAUCCCUCAGCUCAAAACACUCAUCACAGAACACCAGGUGUUUAUGGAGGAGAUGACCCGGAAGCAGCCUGACGUGGACAAAGUGACCAAGACUUACAAGAGGAAACCAGCAGAGCCCCCUAGCAGCCUAGCUGAGAGGAGAGGAGCUCGUAAAAACCAGCAGCAACAACAGCAUCAACAGGCGGCGAUGCAGGUCCCUGGGGGCAACCCCCGUCUGACCCAGCUCUGCUCAAGGUGGCAGCAGGUGUGGCUGCUUGCCCUCGACCGCCAGCGGAAGCUCAACGACGCCCUCGACAGGCUUGAAGAGCUGAAAGAGUUUGCCAGCUUUGACUUUGACGUGUGGAGGAAGAAGUACAUGCGCUGGAUGAACCACAAGAAGUCGCGCGUCAUGGACUUCUUCAGACGCAUCGACAAGGACCAGGACGGAAAGAUCACUCGCCAGGAGUUCAUCGACGGCAUCCUGGCCUCAAAGUUCCCCACCAGCAGGUUGGAGAUGACGGCGGUGGCAGACAUCUUUGAUCAGGACGGAGACGGUUACAUCGACUACUACGAGUUUGUGGCGGCGCUGCACCCCAACAAGGACGCCUACCGGCCAACCACCGACGCUGACAAAAUAGAAGACGAGGUGACCAGACAGGUGGCACAGUGUAAAUGUGCCAAGCGGUUCCAGGUGGAGCAGAUAGGAGAGAACAAGUACAGAAUGGGCCAGAGCAAUUACAAGUUCUUCCUUGGAAACCAGUUUGGAGACUCGCAGCAGUUGCGGUUGGUGCGUAUCCUGCGCAGUACGGUCAUGGUGCGUGUCGGAGGGGGCUGGAUGGCCCUGGACGAGUUCCUGGUCAAGAACGAUCCCUGCAGAGUGCAACAUCCUGGACUUAAGAUCCUUCGCUCCGACUCCAGUAGCACCAUUUCAUCUCGUAUAGCCCGAGGCCGUACCAACCUGGAGCUGCGUGAGAAGUUCAUCCUACCGGAGGGGGCUUCCCAGGGCCUGGCAGCGUUCCGUUCCCGUGGCCGGCGCUCCAAACCCGGCUCCCGCACAGCCUCGCCCACCCGCUCCUCCUCCUCAGCCUCACACAGCGCACAUAGCUGCGCCUCCCUGCCUUCCACUCCCGCUACCCCUACCGCCUCCUCCAGAUCCUCAAACUCGCGUGGCUAUGCCAAGCCCUGGCUGGCACACAGUAAAACGCCAACGCCAACCAAGUGCCAGUCCUGCCCAGACCACGACCACACCACCCCUGGGCACGAGGGGGCAGUAUCGGGGUCCAAGCUGAAGAGGCCCACCUUCCACUCCAGCCGAGGGUCUCUGACUGGAGAGAAUGGAGGAGCUACACCCACUUCUACUAAACCUGGACGCACCGACCCCAGGCGUACCCCAUCGGGAGCCAGUGGUGCUGCCAGCCGGGCGGGCAGCAGAGCGGGCAGCAGGGCCAGCAGCCGGCGGGGCAGCGACGCUUCGGAUGCCUCGGAGCUCCUGGAGACGCGCUCGGCCUGCUCGGACACCUCGGACACCCCCCGGCGACCAGGAGCAGCCAAGCCCUCCAAGAUCCCUACCAUCUCCAAGAAGACCCCAAGCCCCAAGACACCCGCUUCUGGGAAGAAGUAGUGAAGGAGACGUGUAAAAAACCGUCAUACAUCUAACUAUAGAGCUGGUUUUUACUCCACGGGCUACCCCAGCCCCCCCAAACACCAGCCAGGAUGAAAUGGAGAGGAAGAUGUCAAAACUAUACAAUUAGAUCUGGUAGAACGGACCGUCUUCCAUUUCAUAGAGAUGCUCUAUAGUGGACAGACUACUGGCGGCCAUAUUGGGUGUCACAUUUGAUCCAAACAUCCAUCCAUAGGGCUUGCAUGGGAUUCAUGCACCAAGACUACUGUAUGGAAGGCAGGUAGAGAGGGGGAUAGAUGGGGGGAGAAAUAUCUUUCUCUUUUUUUCCCCACUUUCGUACACACACUCACUGGGGGGCAUCGAGGCCCGGGUUCGUGCACUUAGACUGGGGUGAAACAGGCCAGAACUUCCCCCUUUAAAACCCAGAUCCCAGUUUGCCUUCCAGUCUCCUGUGCGCUCUCUCUCUCGUAACGGGAUUGUGCUAAGACUGUUUCAGAGAAAGCCACAGCACUUUGAACCAACCAACAUGAUGCUGCCUUAUUUGUGUUGCACAUUUCUGUCCUUACUUUUACCUAAUCUGAGUUCCACAGAGCGUUAGGUAGAGCCUUGUAACUACUUUGUGCAUGUACACACUGACACACACACACAACUGAAAUACGCACACACACAUUGAGGGUAGUGAUGAAAUGACUCAGAACUUGCUGGAGAAUGGCAUUCCGAAGUACUGGAUUGUGGAAAUUGUUUCUCACCGGGAGUUAAACAGAAAAUAUCCAAUGACUGCCAUCUUGUUUUUUACUCUCCUGGACUGGGAAGUGAAGAGGAAUUUCACUUCAUGUCUGUGGGUCGGGAACAACCGGACUAGCGUGGAUUUAUGUUCAGUGUGUGGGCUGCCCCACUCUUGACAACUACCUAAACCUCAAGCCUAGGAGACCGUGGACGUGGUGGGAAACACGCAUACACACUGCAAUGUCCUCACAAACCACUGCAACAAUCAGUGUGUCGGUCGGUGCGAGUGUGUGUUUGAUGGAAUGGAGGGUUUGUCAUAUGGCCCCAUUAGUCUGAAGCUAACACUCAAAUUCAAAGAUGACUUCUUGGCCGGGACCCCACUAACAGCAAAAACGUGACAAAAUGUCUAACAAUGAAGUGGCUUGUAAAGGACAUGCACAAUUUAACACAAUUGAAACUAGGCUUAUUCCAGAUUAGAGAUUGAAAACCGGCGCACACUGACAGUCUGUAUCGCUGUAAUUCCACUUCGCCCCUCUCCCCUCCGUUGCCGCUGGGAACCCCCAGAGCAGCAGGCAUAAAUGUUUGUGUAUACGCGUGUGGUCGUCACGCGGUACAGAAGUCAGAGGUCCUCCGCGUGCAUCGCUGUGUGCAAAGAUUAGAUUUGUGAAUGUCUUUCUUUCAUUCUGGUUCAUUUAUAAUCCUGUUGUAUUUUUUUGUUUGUUGCUUUUCUAGCUUAAGAAAACAGUUGUAUUUAUUUUUCAGUUCUGUAUCAUAUCACCUUGGAGAAUGAUUAGUAUUAAGAUGAAUGAAGUCAUGAUAUUUUGUACCAAGGAAAAUGUCCGCUCCUCUCUUCAACGUUGUAUGUUUCCACUUCUUCAUAACAUUACUCAACCAGGAAGCCUUUUUUUUUUUUUUUUUUUUGCUAAUGACUACAACUCCCAGAACAUGACCAAAGGGGGUUGCCCUUAUUGUGUUGGCAAAAAAAAAACUAUGAAUAUGAAUGAAAGGGAGCUGAAGGGGCCAAUGAGAGAACCCCUAGUGUCCCGCCUUAUAGGCGUUUGAAUUGUCGUGUCUUUGAUGGCUGCAAAUGUGCUUUUCCCUGUUUGUUGAUGUGAGAGCUGAAGUAUAUGAAAACCUAAUGAACGCAAGUGACAUCUUAAGGUGAUUUUUAUUUAUUUAUUGUCUCUUUUGGGGAUCCGGGCGCAGGAGAGAACUCACCUUUUGGUGUUAUUCAGUGUGAUGAAGAGAAAAUAUGGAGGGGGGGCGGUUAGAAGUCAAUUGUGUAAAAUACAAAAUAUAAGAUUAUAAACCUUUUUGUUCUCAUUUUGUAUUAAAAAAUAUGCUUGCAGUAAAAAAAA